AUGAAGUUGGCUAGAGUUGUACUUUUAUUGACUGUUAUCUGGGGAAUCAAUGCUACUCCAGCCGGGCGUCUCUCAUGCUACAAAAAGAUUCUGAAAGAUCGGAACUGUCAUAACAUUCCAGAGGGAGUACAGAACCUUUGGCCAAUUAAUACAAAUCUCCAAGACCGCUUUUGGGAAGGAAAAGCAUGUGAUAUGGUGUGCUACUGCAAUUUUAAUGAGCUGCUCUGCUGCCCAAGGUAA